GGGCACCCAAUAGCCAGCAUGUCGGAGAGGAGGAGCCGCAGAGGGUCCUCUGGUGCCCGCCGCCGGGGGCAUACCCGCUCUCGCACCGCCCGAGCGGAACUUCUAUUUUCGGUUGGCCACAUGGAGCGCAGUCUACGGGAAAGCCACUACGCCCAGUGCCUGAGUCACAACGCGCCAGUCUACCUCGCUGCGGUGAUUGAGUAUCUGACGACCAAGAUCCUGGAGCUGGCGGUCAAGGAGGCCCAAAACAACGGUGAGAGGAUCAUCACUCCGCGGCUGUUGGACAUGGCGGUUCAUAAUAACGGGCUGCUGAGCACCCUCUUUCAUACAACAACCAUCUCUCAAGUGGCUCCCGGCCCGAACUAG